AUGGCUGGGCUUUUCCAGUCAUUUCGGAGCUCCAGCAUGCCUAAACGGCUGCUGCGAUAUGCUUUAUCGCGGCUGGAGCUGCUCGAUUCCGACGCGUUAGACAUGGAUAAUCUAGAUCUGGCUUUGGGUAGAAAUACAGUUUUUGAGUUUAGGGAUGUUGGAGUUCAGCUAGAUAAGCUUGAGAAGCUACUGAAACUGCCUAGGACGUUUGCGCUGCAAAAGGCCAAGGUCCUGCUCCUGCGAGUCACCAUACCUAUGGAUUUCUAUACGAGCCCUAUAUCUAUCGAAGUUGAUGGCGUGGAUGUCAAGUUGAAAGUACUAGUAUCUGAUGCAAAGUCCAAAUCGGACCGGUCAACUAAAUCUACCUCCGACGAUGCCUCAGCCGCUGUCCCAAACACCGUGGACCUUGCGCAAUCAUUCCUCGAAACGCAGCCGUCAUCGGAGAGAAGGAAACUCGAAGCUGCGCUAGCUGCAGAAGCGCAAGAUCUUGGCGCAUCUACAGCAAUGAGCGACGAUAGCAGCGAAGAUGAACCCGUCGUGGGUACUGGACAGCCUCUAUCAUUGCCCGGUUUCCUAGCGGGCUUCCUACAAGGAAUUAUGGACCGAAUGCAGAUAAAAAUCAAAGGCGUGGGAUUCCAGCUAGAUAUGGAUAUCCCUGUAGACUUGCAUUCGCCAGCCACCGAGCCGGUGUCUUUCCAAAUCGCCCUGGAAGGCAUCGAUAUCGAAGGCGUUACUACGAGAAGCGAGAAAUCGGAAGGGUCGCCAGUUGCAGCUCCCAAGGAAGGGAAGCGACAGAUCUCUCUGGACAAUGUCCGUGCCUAUCUUGUAUCCGAGGCCAACGUCUUUUCUACCCUAACACGAUCCUCAUCCAUGACUUCACCAUCCGCUACGUCUUCGCCUCAUGCGACAAGGAACCCUCCUUCGAGGGAAUCCACAUCCUUGUCGUUAGAGAGUCCCCAGGAACCAUAUUUUGCGCCAUCAAUAAUGUCAUCACACCACCAUCAUCAGGCACAGUCGCCUCGGGAGAGCGUUUAUAGCCAGCAUAUGACUUCAUCGCAAGCGAGUUUCAAUGAUCAAUUUUUGCCAUCACUUCAAGGGAGCUUCAGGGACCACCUAGCCGACGCAAAUGAAGCAGAUCAGCCCAAUUACCCAUUGGGAGAUAGUGAGGAAGCUCUUGGAAUUCCAUACGACUUUGGAGAAAAUGAGGAUGAAGGCAUGCUAGAUGACGAAGCCCCUGCGACUCCCCGCGCUUCACUAUACCAAGACUUCAACUCCCCCGAAAAUGCAAGGUUCCAUUCACCUGAAGAUCCUGCGCCAUAUUCCUCACCCCCAAGAAGUAUGUUCGAUAGCGGGCUAUCUAGGUCACAAGAUGCCUUAGAGGAGCAGGACUUCCAACCGACCUAUGCCGUGUCGCGACAAGAGUCAGAUUUAGGGGCGUCUGGUGUUAUUCAUGCUCAGUCUUUGGCGGAGUUGGGGUACCAAGAUCAUUAUGAACCAGAAAAUCUGGCUGAAGAUCUCUCACAAUCGCAUCUCUAUACACACGAGGAGGCUGAGAGCAUGUAUAUGAGUGCUUUCUCGAAGGCAGAGAGCGAGGCUGAUAUAUCUGAGCUCAAAUCCUCAACACACUCAGAUGCGUCAACCAUUGAACAAGCAGUUCCGUCGUCAGUGGAAGAGGCAGCUCAAAUUCAAAUUCCUCCUUCUCCUCUCCCUUCAUCUCCUCGAGCUCCUUCAUCUCCUCAUGUACUUUCAUCUCCUCAAGGACCUUUAUCUCCUCAAGGACCUUUAUCUCCUCAAGGACCUUUAUCUCCUCAAGUACCUUUAUCUCCUCAAGUACCUUUAUCUCCUCAAGUACCUUUAUCUCCUCAAGUACCUUCGUCCCCUCGAGUUUCUCAAUCUCCUGGAGUUCCCCAGUCUCCUCAAGCUACUUUGUCUCCUCGAGCACCUUCGUCUCCCCGAGUUCCCCAGUCUCCUCAAGCUACUUCUUCUCCUCGAGUUCAAUCUCCUGGAGUUCCCCAGUCUCCCCAAGGCACUUUGUCUCCUCGAGUACCUUCCCCUCCGCAAGUCAUCCAAUCGCCUCGCGCUUCGCCGAAGCCUGCCAAGGAAUUUGUCUCAGCCAUGCCCGGGGGCUGGGAUGAUAAUGCGUCUGAAGGUUCAUCGGCAUCCGAUCGGACGAUGUCUCCCCAUGUUGAGACUGAGAAAUUGGUUCCCAAGCCGGACGAGAAAUCAGAGCCACAACCACAGACUGAAGCCGAGGAUGAGCCCAACUUUAGGUCUGAGCAAGAUAAACCGAAUUCUCAUGUUCUCGACCAAACUUCAAUAACCGAGGACGCACCGAUUGGCAUUGAAGAGAAGCCACAGCACGAGGAUGUGGCUACUCCAAAGGGGCCGACACGAGUUGUCAAGGAAAUUCUACAUCUCAAUUCUAUUUCUAUAUACGUACCAACCACACAUCAGCACAUUGAAAUAGAAGAAGAUACUUCUGAAUCAGUGGCCGAGCUUGCUAGGGCGAUGAGCAAUUCGGUAUAUCCUCAAGCGCCUGGAGCCUUUUCUGUGCACGCGCCAUCUUCCGGCUCUGUGUACGGCCACAGGCCCUCAAUACAACGAACUCAGAGUGUUGAUAACGUUUUGGAGGUAGAUUUGUCUCCAGUAUCCAUCCGCUUUGAUGCUUCACUCGCCUUUGUGCUUGCUAUGAUUGUUGGGAAACUUCUCGAAGCGGUCAAGCAAGACAACCCAGUAAAGGUCUCAAGCAGUGGGGCUGAAAAUGAGCAACACUUGGAUAAGACGCCAGAGAUUAAGGUGACUGUACAGGAAAUCUCAUUGGAUUUCUUGAGCCGACUUGGUGGAGUGGCAGAUACGCCUCAGCGCCAUCUGGACUCUUCGGCGUUUAUGUUUGCCCACGAAGUUCUUCUUAAUGCAACAUUGAGCGGCUUGACCAUUGGCGUUUCCCCAACCAAAGUACCGGUACGGCUAGCUGGAAGAGGCGGUCCGGAUAAGCAAGAUGCCAUUCAAACAACAAUCGACCUGCAAACUUUCCGCUUCGGAUAUGCCAAAGAUGAUAUCAUCUCCUUUGAUAAAGCCAAGCCAAUGAGUACCUCUGUAAGAGAUACUUUUCUUUCAAACGGGCAUGAUGUUGGCAUCAAAAUCACACAAACAAAGGAGGGCGUCAAAACCGUGAUUGAAACCCUACCACUGGCUGUUCAUAUUGAUCUACAGAAACUAGAUGAGACAUUUAGCUGGUUCGGAGGUCUCAGUAGCUUUCUUAACAUGAGCGCUUCAAUGACUUCCAGCCCGUCGCCUACACCUAAGCCACCGCCCAAACCAGCAUUCAUCCAGAAGCCAAAAGGUGUACGAUUUGAUACACCUAUCAAGCCAGACGAUAAAUCCGCUGCUUUUGAGAACAAGAUCGAUAUGCGGAUAGGUGGCUCUUUUAUCGAGCUCCUUGGCAAAGAAUGCAGCUUCAUUGCCGAGAGUAGAGCCAUCACGCUCGUUAGUCGAGACGAAGGCAUGGGAAUUGGAUGGCGCAUGAUGCGCGUAUCUGGGCCAUACUUGAAAAAUUCCAUGGCUGAACCUGCUAUCAAUACCGAGAUCAUUGGAGUUAGACUGGAAUUCGUAACUAUCCCCACCAAUUCAGAUCUCGAGAAGCUUCUUGAGCUGAUUACGCCCUCGAAAGCCAAGUUUGAUCAUGGAAGCGACGAAAUCAUGGUUGAUACUCUCUUGCGCCAGCGAAGGAAAGGCUCGGUACUCAGAGCUAAAGUAGAUACUUUGAAUGUGCGAGUGAAGAACCUGGCCCAAUUCGAAGUGCUACCAGCCCUAGCUGAAGAAGUGGCCAAGUUGUCUACUGUGGCGAAAUAUCUCCCAGAAGACGACCGACCUGGACUCAUGACGCUAGCAACAAUCCAUAACCUUGGCACGAGUGUUGAUCUUGGAGGGAACUUUGGGCAGCUUAGCUGCGAUAUCCAGGAUCUUGAAGCUGCGCAUAUUACCGUUCCAUCGCUGGUGGCUGUUGCAGUCUCUAUGAUAUCCGUCCGACGCAACGAAACCGAAGAGCUUAUCAAUUCUUCGAUCCUGUAUCCUUCUGCAGAGACUGCUGCAAGUCGAGGUCCAGUCGUUAUGGCGAGAAUGAUUGGUGACGACAUUGAGCCAGUCAUCAAGCUCAACCUACAGGAUAUCAGCAUCGAGUACCGAGUUCCCACUAUUAUGGAUAUUCUUGGCCUGGCAAACGAUGCUACGCCGCAGGAUUUCGAAGAGAGUCUUGCUGCAUCAGUGGCCAGUCUUGGUGACCAAGCUCACGCCGCACUGGCGCGACCGCAGCCCCAGUCACCGACUGAGGUCGCCGCUAAACAGAGUAAACCAAUGACUUUGGAUGUAUCAUUUCGAGACUGCCUUGUCGGCUUGAAUCCUCUCAACCAAAAAUCCAAGAUGGUCCUUGUAUUCACAGAUGCUCACCUCGCCGUCACUCUUCCAAAGGAUGAGGUGACGAACGUGAAUCUGGAUAUUAAUAAGGCCUCGAUUUUGCUGACAGAUGAUGCCUCCCUUAGCGCGCCAGAUGACCGUGCUUCCAGAAACCCAAGACGCCGGUCGUCCUCAUCAGCAACUCCUCAAGUAAUCUCCUUGUGUUCUCAAGGAUAUGUGGAUAUUUGCUACAUGUCCUCAGCAAAAGUCAUUGUCAAUGUGGCUCCGGGCAUGGAUGGUGAGAAGCAGGUAGAAGUUGAAGUUCGAGAUGAUCUUUUGGUGUUGGAGACUUGUGCAGAUUCAACCCAAACCCUGAUAAGCUUGACCAAUGCUCUUUCGCCACCGACUCCGCCAAGCAAAGAGAAUAAAUACCGGACCAAGGUAGUGCCUGUCCAAGACUUGCUUGCUUCAAUUUCCGCAGAGGCAUUUGGCAAGCCUGAAGGGGAAUACGACUUUGAUCAGGAUUUCUCUGCUGCACAAGAAAUGGCUAAGAGCCAGUCCGACAUCGGUUUUGGAAGUGAUGGUUCUCUCCGUAUCGAAUCUCAAUUUUUUGGAGAUGAACCUGUGGGAGAAGAACUGUUCGAUGCUAUGAAUCUUUCCAUUACAUCACAAGAUGCGAAGAUGCAAGAUACUAACGAGGGAGUCUUAAUCUCUGGGCUUGAAUCUUCCACUAGCCACGUCUCGGAAGACAGCGAAGGUCUAGUUAUUCACGACGACUUUUAUAGCCGCAAUGCCGCUGAAGAGCACUCUGCAAAGAUUUGGAACUCGAAUAAGAAUACUUAUGACAGAGCUCCCGCGCACCUGGUAAAGCGCAGCCCCCUCAAAGUAUCUGUAAGAGAUGUGCAUCUCAUCUGGAACCUAUUUGAUGGCUACGACUGGGUCCAUACUCGCAAUGUUAUCAACAAAGCUGUCCACGAUGUAGAGGCUAAAGUCUUUGAGCGCCAAGCACGACUUGCCGGUCAGCCGGUUUACGAAGAAGAGCUUGAAGAUGAAGAGACAAUAGGCGACUUCUUGUUUAACUCCAUCUAUAUCGGAAUCCCAGCCAAUCGAGACCCGCAAGAAUUGGCUCGUGCCAUCAACGAAGGCCUUGCCGACAAUGCGACGGAGACAGAAUCAGUCGCUACUACAGCUGUGACAGCAACAUCGAAUCGGACUGUACGUAGAGGGUAUCCCAAAUCUCAGCGCCUGAAGUUGCGACGGAGCAAACGCCAUAAAAUCACUUUUGAGCUUCGAGGCGUCAACGUUGACAUGGUUGCAUUUCCCGCCGGAACUGGAGAAACACAGAGCAGCAUUGAUGUUCGAGUUGAGAAUCUUGAUAUCUUUGAUCACGUUCCCACGUCAACAUGGAAAAAAUUCGUGACUUAUGAUCAAGAUCAAGGGGAGCGCGAGAUGGGUACUAGUAUGGUACAUCUUGAAUUACUGACUGUGCAGCCACUGCCAGAGCUCAGGGCUUCUGAGAUUGUGCUCCGAGCAACUGUGCUGCCCCUGAGACUACAUGUCGACCAAGAUGCGCUUGACUUUAUUACUCGCUUCUUUGAGUUCAAAGAUGACAGCGUGCCAGUUCAUUCGUCGCCAAGUGAUGUCCCUUUCUUGCAGAGAGCCGAGGUGAACGAUAUUCCGGUUAAGCUUGACUUUAAGCCGAAGCGAGUCGAUUAUGCUGGUCUUCGAUCGGGCCAUACGACUGAAUUUAUGAAUUUUAUCACAUUGGAAGAGUCUAGAAUGGUGCUCCGGCAUGUAAUCAUUUACGGAGUUUCUGGCUUUGACCGCCUAGGCAAAACACUCAAUGAUAUUUGGACGCCUGAUGUCAGAAGUAAUCAGCUUCCAGGUGUUUUGGGAGGUCUAGCACCGGUGCGAUCACUAGUCAAUAUCGGCAGCGGCUUUAAAGAGUUGGUCGAAAUUCCCCUCAAGGAAUAUCAAAAGGAUGGCCGUAUUAUUCGAAGCAUAUCCAAAGGAGCUGCUGCGUUUGCUCGCACCACUGGUACCGAGCUGGUUAAGUUUGGAGCAAAGCUUGCAGUUGGUACGCAGUAUGCAUUGCAAGGUGCAGAAGAGAUGCUUGGAACUGGUCGCCGACCUGAAGAGGCUUGGGAAGACGAUGAUCUCGACGCAGAUGAUAAGAAGCAAAUAUCGCUGUACGCAGAUCAUCCGACAGGCGUGAUCCAAGGCAUUCGUGGCGGCUACAGGUCGCUUGCUAGAGAUGUAAACCUGGCACGAGAUGCUAUCAUUGCGGUACCGGGUGAAGUUAUGGAGAGUCAAUCAGCUAGUGGUGCUGCCAAGGCAGUGCUGCGACGAGCUCCGACAAUCAUCUUCAGACCAGCAAUGGGCGUCACCAAAGUAAUUGGCCAGACAUUGAUGGGAGCGACGAACUCGAUUGAUCCACACAACCAACGCAGAAUUGACGAGAAAUAUAAAAAGCAUUAA